UCGGUCAGCCAUGCAGAUUUACUGUGCCAUCUCCAUUAAUCGAGGCCAUCAUUCCUCCUAUAAAGCAUGGCUACGAAAUACACUGCCAGGGCAAGCACUUCAACCACUCGUGGUGGACAAUUUUCCUCUGGUACAAACCGCAAUUCUAAAUUGCGACCUACACAUUUCAUAUCCCUGCCCAUCGGACACCAUGUGCGUUUGCAGGAAUCAGUGAAGUCCUUCACGGAUGGCUUGCUUGAUUGUAAACCUGCGCUCCCUGGUGUUGAUCGCGGCAUUGUUAUCGCACCUCGUCGCCUUCAUUUGACACUGGGAGUAAUGACUCUCGAGGAUUCACUGGUUUCCUCGGGUAAAACCUUAGCAAAUGCGCAGGCUUUGUUAGGGACAUUGAGAAGUCGGAUCAUGGAGUUAUUGAACGGGCAUAGUCUCUGCAUUCCCCUUACAGAUAUGAACAUCAUGUACCCCGAUCGUGGCAACGCAGACAACGCGCAUGUCCUCUGGUUGGGCCCUUCACUGGACACAGAAAACGCUCAGCGCCUCAAAACCGUGAGCGAAUUUGUGAACAAGGCGUUCAGUGACGCUGGAUUUAUUCAAGAUCGUCGUCCUCUCAAGCUGCAUUGCACGAUUCUCAACACUUCAUUUCGCAAACCACAUCGACAGCCGUUCUCAUACAACGCCAUUUUGGCGUCACCGGCUAUUCGCGGUUUUGUUAGUUCACCGCUAGAAUCACAUGAUUUUCGGGACCCCGUGAAGGUAGAUUUUGGCACUUGGAGCGUUGAUGAGAUACAGAUAUGCAAGAUGGGAAGUUACGGCCCCGAGGGCGAAUACGUGAGUUGCGGAUGCUGUUCGUUAGCGUCAUAGAUUCGGUUGUAUGACAUAUGGUGUCCAAAUCGUGUUUUUACACUCACAGCCGAGGCUUGGAAAAGUCUGGGCUGAUAAGAUAGUCACUCUUAACUACUCG